AUAACAAAUAAAAUAAAAAGGGAAAAAGAAAAACCCACAAAAAUCCUCCAUUUUCUAAAAAGAAAAAAAUCCAUCGUAUCGAUCAAACUUCGUCAACGAAUCGAUGGUGGGCAUUCGCAUUUGCGAACACUAAACGAAAAUGAAAGAUAAGGCUGGGACCAAAGGAAUCUCCAUCGACGAAUUUUUCCCAACACGCCGCCGCCUCCGCCGUAGCCGUCGGCUAAAAUGUACGCGUCGUUCUCCGUUCCGGUCGCAGCCCUUCCUUGCCCACGCUUGCUUCAGCAGCCCCCAUUGAAGCCCUCCGAAUGCUUUCGAACUUCUUUCAACCGCCGCCAUCUGAUUACCACUCUACUCUCUGUCUUUGCCCCUUCUUUUAUCGAUUUUACUCUGCCCUGUUCUUCUGAUUUGGUUGCUGAAGCUCGUGGGUUGUUUCAAAUGCCCCCUGUUCGUCUUGUCAAUCGGUACUUUCUGGUGAGGGCAGGGGAGUCUGAAUUUGAUAGUUUUGGUAUAAUUAACACAAACCCAGUUGCAAAGACAUCUGUUGAUAGUGGAUUGUCUGAGGAAGGGAAGAAGCAAACUGUUAAAGCAGCUUUUAAGUUGAAGGAAAUGGGAGCUUGUGAAAAUGGUUGCUGGAUUUGGCCCUCUAUUACACAGCGAGCUUAUCAAGCAGCAGAGAUUAUUGCUUCAGUUAAUGGUGUGAAUCGAAGUUACAUAGUUCCUGAAUACAGUUUUCUUGAUGCCCGUGGGCUUGGAGCUUUUGAAGGCAAGAGAUUGGAUUCUUUAUCAGAAGUAUAUGCUUCAGAUACAAUCUCUUCAAGUAUCAAACCUCCUCCGAUAGAUGAUGGCACCCCGAACGAGAGCGUAUCUGAUGUCUUCGUUCGUGUAACACAACUGAUGUCGAUUCUCGAAACCCAAUACUCAGGUGAUACUAUCAUUAUUGUCUCCCCAGAUUCUGAUAAUUUGACAGUUCUUCAAGCUGGUCUAAUCGGUCUCGACUUGCGAAGGCACCAUGAUCUUUCCUUUGCUCCUGGGGAGGUUCGCUUCAUUGACAUACGCAGCAUCCCUUCUUAUAAGUAACCAGCUUCAGCUGUAUAUAAAUGUUUAAACCCUCCUAAUUGUAAUUGACAUAGCAUUCUUGUAUAUAUUGGCUAUGAAAUUAUCACAAACCCUCUAACUCUGAUGAAGCAAUAUUGUUCAUUGUCA